AUGGAGGACGAACAAGAAAAGGAAAAAACGUCGCCCGCGUCUAAGGAAUUCAAACUAGAAUGGGGUUCUAGCUCUACGCCUCUUCAGCUUGAUGGUCGUAAUGUGUUCCCAUUUUCAUCAGGUUUUGGUACAGUGUAUAGUCUACCAGAUGGUGAGCGAGAUACUAGGGAAGCGAUCUCUGGGCCAAUACUACCGUCGCAUUCUAAAUUAAAGGCACAGGUUUACACGAAAAAGUCACCAACAGGCUACGACUAUCUCCUACAAAGGCGACUGAGAGAGGCUGUGAGCAUCUCCGACAUUAACUGUAUACAAAGGUUAAUUAGUAGCGGAGUGAAUCCGUGCAGUGCCGACUCUAAACAGAGAACACCGUUGCACUUUGCGGCUACACAAGGGAAUGAACAUGUUGUCAAAGUAUUACUAGAAAAUGGAGCCAAUCCUAAUGCACGCGACGUUAAUGGCAACACUCCAUUACAUCUUGCUGCAUGUACUAACAAAGUUCAAAUAGUGACAUUACUUUUAAAGGCAGGAUCAGACCUAAAUGCAGUUGAUUACACUGGUAGAACCCCCCUUGAAGUUGCCCGUUCGACAUUGAGGGUGUUGCAUGAGGAUGUGGUCAUUCGCACAGCCCCACUGCGCUAUAGGCAAGAAGUGCUGCAGAUUAUAGAUAUGUUAAAGGAGUAUAUGAACAGAACUAACAAGGAAGGAGAGAAAUUGAAACUUGAUGAGUUGUGUAGUCAACUCAAUAAAACAACAACUAUUGAAGAGGUAGAUCAAAUUCAUGAGCUGCUUACAAGUUUUACCUUACUUGAUUUGUCAAACAGUGACACUUAAGGUAACAUGCAAAGAACACAGGAAGAGUCAACAGCUGUAGAGUUUUACCAUGCUUUACUAGCUUAAGAAAUGACAAAGCUUUCUGUUAUCAAACAGCAAAAUUAUACAACAGAGAAAUUCACAAAGGCUAUAAGUGAAAGAAAUGGACAGUUUCAAAAAUAUAUUAUUUUUGUAUCCAG